AUGUUCAAUAACAUUGACAUGGAACAAUGCGGUGGAACAAACGGUACGUCAAAACUUUCCCCACUUGGCGAGAGUGAUAAUAUUAUAGAAGUAUCUCUUGCCAAAAAAAAAAUAUGUGGGCAUAUUCAAAAAGUAAGUCUUAAGAACAGGGUUAAGGAUGUUGCCGAUUACAUUAGAUUAAAAUACCCAUCUAUAAUAAACGAAUCUGUUAAAAUGUCUGAUCCGAGAAUAAUAGAUAUUUGCAAAGAGGUAUUUAAAACUAAAAAUAUCAAAAAACUAAGCAAGGACGUAGUAAAAGCAUUGUCAGCGAGCAACUCAACGCUGUGUAAACUCAUUAAAGGAACUACAGAAAAUAAUAUCCCUACAAACAUAAACUGUUUAAUACCUUACAAAAAUGAGUUGGUACUACGUCCGUAUCGAGCUGUAAAUGAAAUUUGUAGUCUGAAAAAAAUUACGAAAAGUAAAAAGAACAUAAUGCGUUUACUCCGUAAGAGUGAAAGGUCUCAUCAAAUAAACGAGGAAAUCUCUAAAUCUGUAAAUUGUGGUGAAGGCGUACAUACAUUUUUGCCGGUACACAUCAGUGAGUCUAACGUUGACAACAAUUUAGAUGUCUGUGACAGAGUAGUGGAAAUCGGUCAACACUCAAACAUAAGUUGUAAGUCAAAUAAACUAGGAUUCCACGACAAUUACGAAAAAUUGACGGUCAACAAUUCAGGUAAGAAUCCUUAUGAAAAUGAAAACAUAACAGUGUUGACAAGCUGCAAUAGAGAGUCUGAUACAAUUGACACAUCCUCAAAUGAAAUACUGAAAAGGGAUGUUAGGCGAAAACUAGAUUUUAAAGUACACUGUGACACAGAGUCAGAGACUUCCAAGUGUACAGUGAUAAAGCAAAGAAAUGAAACUUUUGAGAUUGAUGAUGGUGUAUGCAAACUUGAUUGGACCUCUGACGAUUUGAACAAUAGUUUCCUUAGAUGUGGUGAAAUUCAAACGAUUGAAGAGACAAAUGACUCUUUGGUUGCUAACUGUUCUAAUAUUAUCACUUCUACUCCAAUUAGGUUAGAAGUAGACAUUUCCAGGCAACAGGCAUUUACACAUUCACCGCAAGCCGUUAAUUUUAGUUAUCAUAAAAGUUAUGUUGACGGUAAUAAUUGUUCUCCUAUGAAAUCUAUAGUGCUACCAAAUGAGGCGGAGGUGAUCGACGCUGUAACUCCAAUAAAACUGCCUGGAACUAUUGUCGCUUGCAGCACUCCUGAGGCAGAUGCAAAAGCACUUCCCAAGAAUUCUAAAAACAUAUUUCCUUUGACAAUACGUGGUGAUCUAGAAAAUAAAAAAGAAAAAAGAUAUAAUUUUUCAUAUCUUAACACCAUAGAGGGAACUUUUGAGUUAUCUAUUUGUGAAUGGAAUGAACUUGAAAAGUUGUCUAAUGAACAUGGUAGAAUGUCCUUAGACCUUAGAAAUAUGUUAAUUAGAGAUAAGUUUGUAACCGUUAAUAACUCUUGUGUUCUGUCCAUAAAAAAUGUUAAUAAAAAUAGCAGCGGUGAAUUCACUAGCAUUUAUGGUUACUGCAGACACAAUACUUGUAAAAGUUUUAAGUUUGAUUUUGAAAAAAAAAACUGA